AUGCGCUGUGCCUUAGCUUGCUUCGUCAGCAUUGUGGGCUGCGUGCUCGUAGCUGGACAAAUCUUAGAGCCAACACAGCAGAUGAAAUAUGCCGAUAAGGUAUUCUUAGAAAAACAAAAAUUUCUGCUCGAAAUAGUGCAUCGCAUUGAAAACCCACUGUUGUUCGAAGAGUAUCUCAAAUAUGCUAAGGACUUCCAUUUCGAGAAAACGGAUUAUAUGCAAUAUGACUACUACAUGGAGAAAUUUGUCGGCGCCUACAAGGCAGGCUACAUACUACCACGUGGUGAAUUCUUUGGCGCUUUGGUGAAAUCGCACAUAAUGCAAGCGUUGGGUCUCUUCAAUCACUUCUACUACGCCAAGGACUUUGAGACGUUCAUGCGCGUUGCCAGCUGGGCGCGUGUGCACGUCAGCGAAGGCAUGUUCGUGUAUGCGCUCAACUUGGCGAUCAUACAUCGUGACGACAGCGAAGGCCUAAUAUUGCCAACCAUCUACGAAAUGUUGCCACAACACUUUUUCACCAGUAAAUUGGUAUACGAAGCGCAAAGAUUCGAUUACGAUGUGUGGAGCAAGCAGAUUAUGUACGAGAAGGAGUACAAGGACUACCUGUAUCAGGAUAAUAAGGAAGCUUAUAGCACACACGCACAUAUUUACACUAAAGAUUGGAAGACCUGGCAAUGGUGGAAGAUGAUGGGCUUGGCUGAGCACUGGUAUGCGGUAGAUGGCGCGCAGGUGCUAACUGGCGUUUCGUCGGUAAACGCGGAUAUACUUAAGGACACACACAUUUACUUUAUGCCCACAGAUUAUACACGCAAUGUGGAAUGGUACAACGAACAGUCGAAAUUAUCCUACUUCACCGAGGAUGUGGAGUGGAAUGCCUAUUGGUACUACGCGCAUAUGGAUUAUGCUUACUUCUUGAACAGCAGCCAAUAUGACUUUGCGUCGGAGCGACGCGGUGAGUACUGGGCGCAUAAUAUGCAGACGAUGUUGGCGCGUUACUAUUGGGAGCGUUUAACGCAAGAACUCGGCGAAAUACCUGAAUACUCUUCGGGUAUCACUUACGAGGAGGGCUAUCAGCCGCAAUUGAACAGUUAUAACGGCAUCAAGUUCGGUUUUAGGGAGAACGAUUUCGAUCCCAAGCAUUAUACGAAUUUCGAUCAAUUCAACCGUUUCAUGUUCUACUACCGACGUGUGACGGUACUGCUCGAGCAGGGUCACAUCACCACCGGCAAUGGCACUGUGAUUGAUUUGCGUAAACCCGAGUCAAUUGAGGUUAUGGCAAAUCUGUUGGAAGGUAAUGCUGAUUUAUUUGAUUCACACUACGAAAUCUAUUGGCGUGUGCUCUCGCAUAUGUAUUUUACUGGCGCUGAGCCCAAUGCUUUGCAUGUGUUGCCACAUAUUUUCAUUAAUUACGAAACCAUGUUCCGCGAUCCGUUCACAUACAGUUACUACAAACGCUUCUAUCAGGUGUUGUAUAAAUUUAGCUCGUUGCUACCGGCAUACACGAAAACCGAUUUGCUGUUGCCUGGCGUUAGCGUAAUGGAUGUGCAAGUGAGUGAGCUGUUGACCUACUUCGAUUACAGCGAUUUUGAUGUGAGCACUUUGCUGAAUGACAAAAUGGUGUUCGACGAUGGUCAAUAUGUUUGGAAUAAAAUGUUGUUGGCCCGUCAACAGCGUCUCAAUCACAAGCCAUUUACCAUGGAUUACAUCAUCACGGCUGAUAAGCCGCAAAAGGUUGUGAUACGCGCCUUCCUUGGUCCCAAAUUUGACUCAAAUAGACGCGUCUUAUCUUUGGCACAAAAUCGUGAGAAUUUCAUUGAAAUUGAUGAGUUCAUUUACCAGCUCGCCGCUGGUGAGAAUAAAAUUCAACGCAACUCAGACGACUUCUAUUGGACCAUUGGGGAGCGCAGCACGUACACCGCGCUGUACAAGUCGGUAAUGCUCGCUUACGAAGGUAAACAGCAAUUUGUUGUGAAUGCCACGCAGCCUCAUAAUGGCUUCCCUGAUCGUCUGCUAUUGCCGCGUGGUUGGGCCAAGGGUUUCCCAAUGCAGCUGUUCUUCUUUGUGGCUCCAUAUAAUGGCGCACAUGAGCACUAUCCUAGUUAUGAGCAUACUUCGUUCGCUGGUGGCAUCGGUUCGGGUAAACGCUAUAUUGAUGAUAUGCCACUGAACUAUCCUUUCGAUCGCCCGAUCGACGAAGUUGAGUUCUUUGUGCCAAAUAUGUUUAUAAGGAACGUUAAGGUGUACCAUGAGGAUAGAUUGGAGAAAUAUCAGGAACAUAAUUAUGCCAAUUUCGGCAGCUUUGAUUACUCGAAUUGAAUAAUUUUGUGUAAAAACUUUGAAAUGUAAAGGACUGAGUAAGUACUGUAGAAAUAUAUGUAUGGCAUUGUCUGUAGCGAA